AUGGAGAAGCCCUCCCAUGGUGGCGAGCGGCAUCCAACAUGCCUGAGAGAUGCUCUCGAAGUGCACGACUUGAUAGAGGAGCGAUCAUUCAUUGGCGGUGAAUGGGUCAGCGGAAAUGGCACCUUCCCGGUCUAUGAUCCAGUUACGAACCAGGUCAUUGCCAACGUGGCAAAUAUGGAAAUGGACGACUUCAGAGCAGCAAUCGACCACGCCCAUGAAGCCUUCGAAACCUUUUCGAGAACAAAGGAGUACGGGCGCGCAGCCAUGCUGCGUAAAUGGGCGACCCUAAUUCGGAAGCACUCGCGAGACCUGAGCAAGCUGCUAACGAUGGAAAACGGCAAAACCCUGGCUGAUGCUGCUGCAGAGGUAGAGUCGAGUGCGAACAUGGUCUCCUGGUUUGCCGAGGAAGCCAUUCGCUCGUACGGCGAUAUCAUUCCCUCCUGCUUCCCUAACAGCACUGCCGUUGUGCUCAAGCAGCCUAUUGGAGUAUGUGGGAUCAUUGCCCCAUGGAACUUUCCCAUGGCUAUGAUAACGCGCAAGGUCGCUCCCGCCAUCGCUGCUGGCUGCACCGUGGUUAUCAAACCUCCAAGCGAAACACCGCUUUGCGCACUGGCAUUAACGAAACUUGCGGGGGAAGCUGGGAUCCCAGUCAACGUCAUUCAGACGGUAACAACGAGGAAUCGUGCCGCCGUGGAGGAGCUAUAUACCAAUCCCAAGGUGAAAAAGAUCAGCUUUACCGGAUCGACGGGGGUCGGCAAGGCUAUAGCGGAAAAGGCGGCAAAAACUAUGAAGAAAAUUUCUAUGGAACUAGGAGGAAACGCCUCAUUCAUCGUUUUUGAAGACGCAGAUCUUGAUGAUGCUGUCGAUGCUUUGAUGGGAUGUAAGUUUCGAUGCUCGGGCCAGACCUGCAUCUGCGCAAACCGAGUCUUUGUGCAACGGAUGGUGGCGGACACGUUCAUCUCCAAAUUGAGCGACCGAAUCCGCCACGAUCUCAAGAUGGGGUCUGGAUUCGACCCAUCCGUGACGAAUGGCCCGUUGGUGAACAAAGCUGCUGUCGACAAGAUGCAUGAGCUCAUCAAUGAUGCCGUCCUCAAGGGGGCAACCGUGGUGGCCCAAGGGGGUGGAAAUGAAACGAGCGAGACCGCCGCUGCCAAAGGCCUUUUGGCCGCGGGCAAUUUUGUGGAACCAACCUUGCUGACCGGCAUCACUGACGAGAUGAUGAUCGCUCGAGAAGAGAUAUUUGGCCCCAUAGCCCCUGUGGUGGUCUUUGACCGGGAGGAAGACGUGGUGAGACUGGCGAAUAACACCGAAUUCGGGUUGGCCAGCUACUUCUUCUCCAAUGACCACCGCCGCAUCUGGCGGGUUGCGGAAGCUCUGCAAGUUGGCAUGGUUGGUGUAAAUACCGGCAAGAUCUCAGAAGCCGGGUCGCCUUUUGGAGGGGUCAAAGAGUCAGGCUACGGGAAAGAAGGGAGCAAGUACGGCUUAGCCGAGUACCAGGUCAUCAAGAGUGUCACUCUUGGUGGGUUGGCCUAG